AUGGAAAAUCAAAAUCAAGUAGUACAACAAAGCGAUUCCGCUUAUUAUUUAGAAAUUAUUAAGCAACUUGCAGUCAAAUCAGGUGUUGAUCCAAAGGAAAUGUUGAAAGUUAUACAAAAUAAUUCCAAAACAAUUCCUUAUUUUCUUCAAAAUCAACAAAAUAAAUAUCCAAAUAUUAACCAAAAUAUUAAUGAAAAUAAUGAGAAACUACAGAAACCUAAAGAAGAAAUUUAUUGUGAUUCGGGGACUGAAACAAGUUCUUUGUCACCUGGACACACAUCACCUAUGACUGCAACGUCUCCACAUUUGUCAUUGCCUGGAUCGCGUUCAAAUUCAUUCUCAGUUUCGAAUAUUUUGCGCUCUGAUGGUUCUUCCAAAAAUGAAAAAGAAAUUAUUAAACCAGCAACAAUUAAUACAAACAUUGAUGAUACUAAUAACCUUUCUUCUUCUUCUUCUUAUUCAUCUUCAUUUAAAUCUUCCUCCUCCACCUCCUCUUCAUUCCAAUCAACUCCCAACUUUAUUCAAAUACCUCAACGUGUACCUUUUACCCAAAUAUAUCAACAACAACACCCACAAAUUCCUCCACAAAUCCAUCAACAACACCCAAAUUUUGGAAUUAUGAAUCAAAAACAACAAAUAUAUACUAAUCCUCCUCCUCAUCCUUCUCAAUUUCAACAUCCAUUUAAUCAACAAAUCCUUCCCCAACGUUUUCAAGGAUUACAAACCCCAAAUAAUUCAAAUUCUUUUUCCUCUCCCUCUUCCAAUUUUUCUUCUUCAUCUUCCUCAAAUUCCUCAAAAAACUUUCCAUCAGCCUUUACUCAUUUACAACCUCCUAACAAUCCACAAAAUUCAUUUCAACACCUUCCAUUUGCUCAAUUACAAAUUUCAAACCAACAAAAACAAUUUUUAACCCCUCCCCAACAUUUAAUUCCCCCAAACUUUUUAAAUUCAUUAAAUAAUAGCCCGGCAACAGCAGCAGCUAUGUUUGCAUUUUUUCAACACCAACAUCAACAAAAUUUUCAAUUUCAUUUACAACAAAUAGGAGAAACUUGUGUUGUUUGUGGGGAUAGAGCUAGUGGACAUCAUUAUGGGGUCCAAAGCUGUGAAGGCUGUAAAGGAUUUUUUCGCCGUUCAAUUCAAGACUGCAAAGUCUUUCAAUGUGCUAAGAAUGGACAAUGUAUUAUUGAUAAAUCAAAUCGUAAUCGUUGCCAAAGUUGUCGUUUAGCAAGAUGUAUUCGAAUGGGGAUGCAACAAACACAUGUUCGGUUAGAAAAGAAUCGAAAAAGGAAAAGUGAAGUUAUUGAACAAAAGGAGGAAAUUGUUUUGGAGUCAAUGCGUCAAAAUAUGGAACUUACCAAAGAAAUUGUUUUUGCUUUUAAGAGUGUCUUCUUACAACAAUUACCUACUACCAAUUCAUCACAAUCAACCAUUAAAAAAGAAUCAACUGACACAAAUACAGUUUUUACACUUCCAUUAAAUAUUGUGCCAAUUUCAAAUGAAGUUGAAGGACGAAAAUUGCUUAACAACUUUAUGGAUUUAAUUGGAAUAUUUCGAGAAUUGUCAGAAAAUGAUAAAGAAAUUCUUUUAACAAAUCGUCUUUCAAUUGUUUUGACAAUUUUGGAAAUUUGUUCAGGCCGUUUAAAUACAAAAAAUAAAAUUUCAAAUGAAAGAAUAGAUCAACUUAAAAUUAUUUUUUGUGGAAAUAAUAAUUCAAACAAAACAUAUCGCCGGUCACUUUCCUUGGAAGAAGCUGCUUUACUUUUAUGUUGUGCUUUAACUGCUGACAGAAGGAUUUCUGAUUCUGUUGAAAAACUUCAUAUUUGGCUGUGGAAGUGUGCGCAAGAACAAAUUUCGGAAAGAAAUGCUGACGAUGAAAAUAUUGACCCAAUGGAAAUUUUUGUAAAUUUAAUGAGUCUACUUACUGUUUUUUAA